AUGUCUUCUCGACCUGACCUGAAGGUCGACGACGAAGUCGGCUUCAUUGGCUUCUACCGUUCUCUCCCCGUACCCGACAACGAUGAGACAAUCCGCGUAUUUGAUCGAGGUGACUGGUAUUCCUCGCACGGUUCCGAUGCUGAAUUCAUUGCACGCACUGUCUACAAAACGACCUCCGUACUACGCAACCUAGGACGCAGCGAGACAGGCGGCCUCCCGUCUGUCACAAUGAGUGUAACUGUAUUCCGAAACUUUCUCCGGGAAGCUCUCUUCCGACUCAACAAGCGGAUCGAGAUCUGGGCCUCGGGCGGCCCAGGUAAGGGCAACUGGAAGCUGGCGAAGCAAGCCAGCCCGGGAAACCUACAAGACGUGGAAGAGGAGCUUGGUAGCGUGGGCGCGCUCCAGCAGGAUUCAUCGCCUAUCAUUCUAGCCGUGAAAAUCUCCGCUCGCGCGGCGGAGGCGCGGAAUGUCGGAGUGUGCUUUGCGGAUGCGAGCGUGCGCGAGCUUGGCGUCAGUGAGUUCCUCGACAACGAUAUCUACUCAAAUUUCGAGUCGCUGGUCAUUCAACUUGGUGUUAAAGAGUGCCUUGUGACAAUGGACACGACACGAAAGGAUGUUGAGCUGGCUAAGAUCCGCGCUAUUGCUGAUAGCUGUGGGAUUGCGAUCUCCGAGAGGCCGCUUGCAGACUUUGGUGUCAAAGAUAUCGAGCAGGACCUUACAAGGCUGCUGAGAGAUGAGCGGUCUGCAGGUACGCUCCCCCAAACGGAGCUUAAGCUGGCCAUGGGCUCGGCAUCCGCGCUGAUCAAAUACCUCCACGUCAUGACCGAUCCUACGAACUUUGGUCAAUACCAGCUCUACCAGCAUGAUUUGUCGCAGUACAUGAAGCUUGAUGCUUCUGCACUUCGUGCGCUGAAUCUCAUGCCUGGUCCGCGGGACGGGUCUAAGAGCAUGAGCCUGUAUGGUUUGCUGAACCACUGUAAAACACCUGUGGGAAGUCGUUUGCUAGCUCAAUGGCUGAAACAGCCCUUGAUGGAUCUGGCGGCAAUUGAACAGCGCCAGCAAUUGGUCGAGGCAUUUGUUGUCAACACUGAGCUUCGUCAGACAAUGCAGGAGGAACAUUUGCGUUCUAUCCCGGACCUAUACCGGCUGGCAAAACGCUUCCAGCGGAAGCAGGCAAACCUAGAGGAUGUCGUUCGCGCGUACCAGGUUGCCAUUCGUCUGCCCGGAUUCGUCAGAGCUCUAGGUGAUGUGAUGGAUGAGGAGUACCAGACACCUCUAGAAACAGAAUAUACUUCAAAGCUUCGGAGCUUUUCAGAUAGCUUGGCUAUGCUUGAGGAAAUGGUGGAAACGACCGUUGACCUUGCUGCUCUGGAGAAUCACGAAUUCAUCAUCAAGCCCGAGUUUGAUGAUGGCUUGCGAGUCAUCAGAAAGAAGCUGGACAAGCUGCGGUAUGACAUGGAUGCGGAGCACCGCCGAGUUUCUAAGGAUUUGCACCAGGACAUGGAGAAGAAGCUCUUCAUGGAGAACCACCGCGUUCACGGCUGGUGCUUCCGUCUGACCCGUAACGAGGCGGGCUGCAUUCGCAACAAAAAGGAAUACCAGGAGUGCUCGACGCAAAAGAACGGCGUUUACUUCACCACAUCCAACAUGCAAUCCCUUCGCCGAGAGCAUGACCAGCUCUCUUCUAACUACAACCGAACCCAGACUGGCCUGGUCAACGAGGUUGUCAACGUUGCUGCCUCGUACUGUCCAGUAUUGGAACAGCUCGCAGGUGUGCUGGCUCACCUCGAUGUCAUUGUGAGCUUCGCCCAUGCUUCAAUGCAUGCCCCUUCGGGCUACGUCCGCCCCAAGAUGCACCCCCGCGGAACUGGCAACACCAUUCUCAAAGAGGCUCGACACCCCUGUAUGGAGAUGCAAGAUGACAUCUCAUUUAUUACAAAUGACGUUUCCUUGAUCCGCGAUGAAUCAUCCUUCCUCAUCAUCACCGGUCCCAACAUGGGUGGAAAGUCUACCUACAUCCGACAGAUCGGUGUGAUUGCACUCAUGGCCCAAACAGGUUGCUUUGUCCCUUGUACCGAGGCGGAGCUGACCAUCUUCGAUUGUAUUCUUGCCCGAGUUGGUGCCAGUGACUCCCAGCUCAAGGGUGUAUCGACCUUCAUGGCUGAGAUGCUUGAAACUUCCAACAUUCUGAAGUCUGCGACCUCAGAUUCCCUUAUCAUCAUCGACGAACUUGGCCGUGGAACCAGCACAUACGAUGGUUUCGGUUUGGCUUGGGCUAUUUCAGAGCAUAUCGUUACUGAAAUUCGCUGUUUCGGUCUCUUUGCUACCCAUUUCCACGAACUUACUGCUUUGUCAGAUCGAUAUCAGAAAGCCGUCAAGAAUUUGCACGUCGUAGCUUUCAUUGGAGAUGGAAAUGGGGCUGAAGUGGAAGCCGAAGCCGAAGCUGAAGAGAAGAAGAAACGCCAAGUCACUCUUCUCUACAAAGUGGAGCCAGGAAUCUGUGACCAGUCCUUCGGUAUCCAUGUUGCCGAACUCGUUCGCUUCCCCACCAAGGUCGUCAACAUGGCUCGUCAAAAGGCCGAGGAGCUGGAAGAUUUCACCUCAGCAACCACUGAAGAGGGACAGCCACAACCCCCUGCACCCUCACUGGACAAGUACUCCCAGCAAGAGGUUGAGGAAGGCAGUGCCCUCCUCAAGGGCAUGUUGCUCAAAUGGAAGGCAGCAACCGAGGGCAAGGAGAUGACAGCAGAGCAAAAGCGACAAGUCAUGCGUGAUCUAGCGCAGGCUGAUGAAAAACUGCAGGCCAACAAGGUCUUCCAGGGCAUCAAGGCUCUGUAA